UGUUUGUGCAGCCGUCGCUCCAACAAUGCAGCUUUUAAUGGUGCUGUGAGCGGUGCGAACCGAAAAACGCAGCAACACCGCAGGCUUGUCCGGUGACUGUAGUCGUUUAGAUUCAGCACAGCAGGGUUUUUGACGGUUUGACAAACGUGCCACGCGGCUGUGACUCAGUUUUUUAGGACAUCCUCGACUCUUCUGCUGGGGUUUCCUAGAUUCCAGAAAGCCCCACCUCCCAGAGGGAUUCCUGACAAGGGGCCAGAAAAAUGAGCACAACCCAAAUAGAAGCAACUGUGCCAACCGGCUAUCUCACUGCGCUGUGAGCAGCCAUGCCCUCCCUUCAUCAACCAUCGAGGGGAACCCCUCUUGAGACGCGGGACUGUUUGCUGACAUAGAUUUGGAAGAAUUGGAACCUUCGCAACAGAAAUGGCAUUGGUUUGUGUGGGCAGUAACGCAUCAGAGUACAUAUUAGAAUACAGGUGAGGCUGAACCUCUAGCCGAUACCCAGAGGACUCUUAACAGGAGGUAAACAGCCUCGGAUGACUUUCACGCAAGGACGGAGCCACAGCCCAGCUUUGAUGAUUUAGUAUCCAUCCCAGUACCUUGCUGACAAGGUCGUAUCAUGGCUGCUGCUGAUCCCCAUUGCAACGGUUCCUUGGCUGGGCGAGGAGCAGACUGAGAAAGUCAACAAUGCAGCGUAACGGCGGUGGGGGGGGUGCCGGCGGCCAGCCGUGGGUGCUGCGGCGCGUGCGUCUCACCUGGCUCAGUUUCAUGCUCUUCUUCAUCCUGGUUUUCUUCCCGCUCAUCGCCCACUACUACCUCACCACCAUCGACGAAGCCGGGGGUCCCGACAAGCGCAUCUUCGGGCCGCGGCCCGGCGGCGAACUGUGCGAGGCCAAACACGUGCAGGACCUGUGCCGGAUUCGCGAGUCCGUCAGCGAGGAGCUGCUGCAGCUGGAGGCCAAGAGGCAGGAGCUCAACGGGGAGAUCGCCCGGCUCAACCUGCGCAUCGAGGCCUGCAAGCGGAGCAUCGACAGCGCCAAGCAGGAUCUGCUGCAGCUGAAGAACGUUAUCAGCCAGACGGAGCAUUCCUAUAAAGAACUGAUGGCCCAGAACCAGCCCAAGUUAUCGCUACCGGUCAGGCUGCUGCCAGACAAGGAGGACCCGGGACUGCCGCCGCCCAAGUCGGCCCGUUCCUGCCGCCUGCGCUCCUGCUUCGACUAUGCACGCUGCCCUCUUACUUCUGGGUUUCCCGUGUACGUCUACGACACAGGCUCCUAUCCAUGGGCGGAUUAUCUCGACCCGCUGGUGAAGCAGGCGUUUGCGGCAUCGGUUAAGACCAACAUUUAUAUUACCGAUAACCCCAGCGUUGCUUGUCUGUAUUUGGUGCUGGUAGGAGAGCUGCAAGAGUCCUCCGCCCCGCCGCCGUCUCCUUCAGAGCUGGAGAAGCAACUAAAAGCCCUCCCUCACUGGAGGUCCGAUGGACACAAUCAUGUACUGGUGCAUUUCUCUAGAAAGUCCAUGACGCAGAACUUCCUGUACAAUGUGAGCACAGGCCGGGCGGCGGUCGCUCAGUCCACCUUCCUGGAGCAGCAGUACCGCGAGGGCUUUGACUUGGUCGUCUCCCCGCUGGUUCACGCCCUCUCGGAGCCAAAUUUUUUGGAAGUGCCCCCUCAAGUUCCCGUAAAGAGGAAGUACCUCUUCACCUUCCAGGGGGAGAGGGUGGAGUCACUGAGGAGCAGCUUACAGGAGGCGCCGCCUCAGUCUUUCGAGGAGGAAAUGGAAGGAGACCCCCCGGCCGACUACGACGAUCGCAUCAUCGGCACCUUAAAGGCGGUGCAGGACAGCCACCUGGAUCAGGUGCUGGUGGAGUUCACCUGCAAGAACCCACAGCUGUGUUUGCCGACCGAGUGGGCUCUUUGUGGCGAGAGGGAGGACAGGCUGGAGGUCCUCAAGGCUUCCACUUUUGGCUUGGUUAUUGCUCCAGGGGACGGACAGCUGGUGGCCUCAGCGGGCUGCGGGAUGAGGCUCUUCGAGGCCCUUGAGGUAGGGACCAUUCCAGUCGUGCUGGGGGACCACUCCAGACUCCCAUACCACCAGUUUAUCCGCUGGAGUGAAGCAGCCAUUAUAGUCCCCAAGCCUCGUGUCACAGAGCUGCACUUCCUGCUCCGCAGCCUAUCAGACAACGACAUGUUGGCGAUGAGACGCCAGGGCCGCUUUCUGUGGGAGACCUACUUCUCCACCACGGAGAAUGUUCUUAACACCCUCCUGGCCAGCAUCCGAACCAGCAUCCAGGUUCCUGCUGCGCCCAUCAAAGAAGAGCCCGCCCACGAGAUCCCCCACAAAGCGGGGAAGAUGGCAGGAACCGACGCCAACCUGGCCGACAAUGGAGAUCUGGAUUUGGGUCCUGUUGAGACAGAGCCCCCCUACGCUUCUCCGCGCUUCCUCCGCAACUUCACAUACACGGCGGCAGAGACUUACAGAACGUGGAACCGGGCCCCGGGGCCUUUCCAUCUGUUCCCUCACACUCCUCUGGACCCCGUGCUGCCCUCCGAAGCCAAAUUCCUCGGCUCAGGUACUGGUUUUAGGCCUAUCGGUGGAGGUACGGGAGGCUCGGGGAAGGAGUUUCAGGCAGCUCUCGGAGGAAAUGUGCCCCGAGAACAAUUCACCGUGGUGAUGCUGACGUACGAGAGGGAGGAGGUGCUGAUGAACUCUCUGGAGAGACUGAACGGCCUGCCGUACCUCAACAAGGUAGUGGUGGUGUGGAACUCACCCAAGCCUCCGUCGGACGACCUGCUGUGGCCAGACAUCGGCCUGCCGAUUGUGGUCGUCCGCACAGAAAAGAACAGCCUCAACAACCGCUUCCUGCCCUGGGACGCCGUGGAGACCGAGGCCAUCCUGUCGAUUGACGACGACGCUCAUCUCCGCCACGAUGAGAUCAUGUUCGGGUUCAGAGUGUGGCGUGAGGCCAGAGAUCGCAUCGUGGGUUUCCCCGGGAGGUACCACGCAUGGGACGUGAACCACCAGUCCUGGCUGUACAACUCCAACUACUCCUGUGAGCUCUCCAUGGUCCUGACAGGAGCUGCUUUCUUUCAUAAGUACUACGCCUACCUGUACUCCUACGUGAUGCCCCAGGCCAUCAGGGACAUGGUGGACGACUACAUAAACUGCGAGGACAUCGCCAUGAACUUCCUGGUCUCUCACAUCACCCGCAAACCACCCAUCAAGGUAACGUCGCGCUGGACUUUCCGCUGCCCCGGAUGCCCUCAGGCCCUGUCGCACGACGACUCGCAUUUCCACGAACGCCACAAGUGCAUCAACUUCUUCGUCAAGGUGUACGGCUACAUGCCACUGCUGUACACGCAGUUUCGCGUGGACUCUGUGCUGUUUAAGACUCGCUUGCCCCACGACAAGACCAAGUGCUUCAAGUUCAUCUAGCAGCGGGCUGAGUGGCCCAGCAAAGAGCCAAAAAGCAGGUUGAAGGACUGGAAGUAUUUAUAAGACCAGCAGCUCCCACUGCGAGCAGUGAUGAGGACGGACGGGUGGACGGACUGCCGGAUAAACGCACAGAAGGAAAGUUUGGGGUGAGAAACAAGUUAACCUUUAAAAGCUGUUGGCUUGGUCGUCUAAUCCACAACUCGACUGAAAAUUUGAGGAGUGGAAGCUGAAAGGAAAAACUGCCAACAAAAAUAAGCCUUUCCAGUGGAUGUCCCUCCUCCGUUUUCAUGUUCUUCAAUCACGCUCGAUCAUCAACCACUACAGAUGUCAUUUGCACCUCUCAACGGCCUGCUGAGGACAAAAGGACGGUUGUACACAGUGUACAGAAACUCUCCCGCGAUAAACUCCACCUGACUGGAGCUAUCGGUUACCCAAUCACCGACAGACUGGUGUCAGGCUGCGUUGGGCCCAGCAGCUUGUUGACAGUUUCAGUAAGUAGAGCAAACGUGGCAGCAGCACACGGUUGCCACUGCUUCUUCUUUUUUCUCCAUUUUACAGUUACAAACUGUACUUCUUGUACGUGGACGUAAUAGAAGCACUGAUGGUCAGAAGUAUUUUAUUGAACAAUCUUUCUUUCAUUUUUUUUUUUUUUUUUAAAUAAUGUCUAAAUGUAUAAAUCUGUCGAACGAACAUUUUCCGGAACGUCCGAAAACGAGACAGGACCUUAACUGAAGAGUCGGCCCAAUCACGUUUAGUAGUGUUACGUUCUCAAGAAGGAAUUCUCUUCAGCGGUCACCAUAAUGCCUCAAAUUUGUCAUGAAAACCAGCCACCAUCUUGUCAUUUUGUUCUGCCUACAGGGUGUGCCCUCUUCGAGGUCUGUUUUUGAUGCUAUGUCAUGUUUCAAUGUGAUAAUAUUAACCAAUCAACGGUUACAAUGUCCCCUUACUGAAGUGCAACAAAGUCAACAAUCACAGCUGCCAAAAUCUGUUGUAAUUAUAAGGAAGAUUAAAUGUACUAUUAGGAUUAUGGAUUUUAAAAGUUGAACGGUAACAGCUUGACAUAUUAGGAAGUGUUUGCUUUCAGGCAGAGAGUUGGAUGAGAUUGUCUUCGCCUUCUCUAAAAUCUGUCGAGUAAGUUUAACGUACAGACCGUGAAACAGGAACUAACAGCAAAUUCAGAACCGCUGAAGCUCACUAAGAUCAGAUCUUCUCCUCUAACUCUCCACCAGAGACCAAAUAAGCAUAAACUAUUGAACUAUUGUCUUAAUAUUUUGCCAGUUCCGGCUUUGAGACAGAAGUAUAAGAUUUGUCCCGCCAUGGUUAUGUCACCCUCCUGUAUAGACCUGUUUCCCAGCUCAGACAGAAACGUCACUUUACAGUGUCGCCGUGUUGGUUUCACUUCUUUUUUUUUUUUUUUUUUUUUUUUAACCAUUGAUUGAUGAAUGUUUUCUUUGCCAAAUAGGUACGAUGUCUGCUGCUUUACAUUAUGGUCUGCAGGGUGCACAGUGUGAGGAUGCAGUCUAGUACACCCUCAUCCACUCUGCAUGGUACUUUUUUAGGAGUCGACCCUUUGGAGCCUUUCCCCAUAAUGUGUUGUACAUCCAAAGUCUUUUAUUUGACCGGACUUAAUUUCUGUAAUCUGAACAAAGAGAUCGACCGAAGGAGUUACCUUUUAAAAAGAGAUAUUUGGAUAAGUUUCGUAUUUUUAUUGUUCUCCCGCCUCCAAAAAGGUUCUAACUGUGAGGAUGCUUUUAUGACACAGAAACUCCCAUAAGUCCAUGGUUCCUGUAUAUUUAUUGAAUAGAUUAUUUAAAAAAAGAUUUUUUUUUUUUAAACUGAUGACACAUUCAAUAAAAUGACAAGACGUUUAUUAUUCCUUAUCACAAAGAGGUUACGACCCGACUGAGCCGUGAGCUUAUUUCUUCGCCAAGGAAAACUCGCUCGUGCCACUGAACGCUUGAGUAGGAACUUAACUGACCUGAGAGCGGCGCUCAGGCAGACCAAUGUGUUUUAUAGACGUCAAGAUGACCUGAUUGAUAGGAAGGUCGACCUGAAACAGAAUAUCGUUGACUGAGCUCCUGCAACAGUCAGUUGGCAAGCAGUAAAGUGUCUUUGAAGCCAAAUGUCUACCUGCUCCAGGUGGCUGCUGCUGCUGCUGCUCUCGGGCCUCUCCAGUGAAAUAUAACAAUAUUUGACUAGGCUUCUUUAGCUAAACGGGAUGUAUGAAGAGCCAAAUUCCUAAUUACACUGAUGUAAAAUGGCCAUACAGCUCAAACGAAUCCAAAUUGACACUUCUGCUGCACCAGAGAUGGGAAAAAAAACCCGGCCUGUUUCCAAAACCUCGUUACACCUGAAAACUUUUACCGACACUCUGGGGACCUCAUAAUCACCUGGCUGACUAAACCUGUUCUGGGGCGUAAAUGGGGUCAGCUGGUAUGUUGGAAGGCAAAGCCCCCCAUUCCUCCAGUCCUUGGUGCCUCCAAUCUAGGAUCUGUGGCACAGCUGGUUUUCCGUGGCCCAGAGCAGGAUCAAAUCCCCUGCAAGGCCACAGUGGCCCUUGCUAGGUGUUAGGAGCUGUGAAACUAUGUGCUCCUGGGGUCUGAUCCACGACUGGUUGAGGCUCCAGCCACCUGCAACGCUGCUCGCGCUGUGCCAGACUGAUGUUGACUGAUGAUACGAACAUACCGUUGAAGGCCAGAUUAAUGGAAAUAAAAACUCAACAUUGUUAAAACUU